AUGGCUCUCUGGCGGUCGCAUCAAGUGACCAUUAUCGCCGUCUUCAUCGUGGCUAUCAUCGUUCUCUUUGUGGGAGUCUACUACAACUCGCCCUACCGAUUUGCGUCCAGCCAAGCCUGGCCGAAAUCCCCGGCAUACGAUGCUCUUAGCUGGACGUUCGACCCGGUACGCGAUUCCCGUCGCUAUGGCCUCAACCAGUCGCAAUGCAAUGCUGCUUUCGCCAAGCUCUGGCCCGAGCUGGAUCGCGCAGGGCACCACCAGGACAAGACUGGCAAGAUCACGCCAAACUCCUCGAGCAUUGCUUGGAGUAGGCAAGGGACUCUAUACGUCCUCGAGGUAAAAGGAUGCACGCGAUCCGACUUUCGAGAGCGGUCUAAUGCCAUUCUGCUUUCCAUCCAUCGAGCGCUAAUAGCCUACCCUGACCCCGUGCCAAAUAUCGAGUUCUCUUUUAACAUCGAGGAUAUCCCUAACGACGAGGAGACACCAACCGGUAUUACAUGGGCUCUUACGCGGCGAGAGGAUCAGCAACAUCUGUGGCUCAUGCCAGACUUUGGCUAUUGGAGUUGGCUUGGUGACGUGGUAGGCAGUUACGAGAGGGUGCUGGAUAAGAUUGCAGAGGGCGAGCGGCUGUUCAUGGAGAAGGACCAGCGGGCGGUAUGGCGUGGAGCGGGGCUCAAUGAGCAGCGGAAGACUCUAUUGGAAAUCAGUAAGGGGAGGUCUUGGGCAGACAUAGAGUUAAUUGUAUGGGAUGAUGACCCGGACAAGAGAAAGGGAAUGUUGCCGAUUCAUGACCAUUGCAGGUACAUGUUCGUGAUUCACACAGAAGGUCGAAGUUACUCCGGGCGAUUGAAAUACCUCCUAAACUGUGGCUCCGUCGUCAUCGUACCUGAACCACUCACAUGGAUGGAAUACUUCCACCACCUCCUUAUCCCGGACGGGCCCAGGCAGAACUAUGUCAGAGUCAAAGCCGACUUCUCGGACCUGGAGGAAAAGUUAAACUACUAUCUUUCCCACCUCGACGAGGCGCAGCGCAUUGCCGAUAACAGCGUCGCGACGUUCCGCGAGAGAUACCUCACACCGGCGGCGCAGGCUUGCUAUUGGCGGAAGCUGUUUGAGGUGUGGGCGGCGCAUAGUUUUGAGCCGGAGAUGUACCAAAAGGGGAAGGAGAAGGUGUGGCGGGGAAUACCAUUUGAGACUUACAUGUAA